AUGUAUCCUCUAAUUCCAGAAAAUGAAACAACAGACAGAAGAUUAGAAAGAUGUUUGUCCCAAACAUUCAUCAACUUAUCUAGAUCAAGUUUUAGUUUGGACAAACCGGUCGUUCAAGCUGCUGGAAUUCUUCACGAAAAUUCUACCACAGAAAUUAUCAACGUGAAUGUAUUAUCUCAAAGAAAUACAUCGAAUAUUGUCGAGAUUAUUGAAGCUGGCGGUCGACUUUUUGCAAAAGAAUAUGUAAAUCCGUGCUGUUGGCUAAAAAUUAUCACAUUGGCCACAGACAGUCAAAGUCACAACGUUCUACUUAUGUUCAAUGAUGGUGCGGGACUUAUAUUAAAAACAACAAGAAAUAUUUUAUCAGGAGAACCGUUGUUGAUGUGGUUCGACGACAGUAUUCUGACGUUAUUAAAUAUCCCAUUUAUUAGACCGGUGAAUUGUAAUUUUCAAGGUUCAGUAUCGUACAGAUGUCACAUUUGCAACACCUCCUUCGAGUACCCGAAUCCUUUGAAAUUGCACUUGGCAUUGGACUGCGGUCGAAUGGACAUCAGUUACAUCUGGACGCUCUUGUCGAGCAAGAUCGUUUCUUCGAGGUCGAGUCUGUUUCUUAACCGAUAUCCGGGACGAAAUUUCACGUUCGAACUAAAUCCUCUGCCCGUCUUCGGGUCGUUAAUGCUGCCGGUCGGUAGCCCGUCGCACACAGUAUCGAAAAGCGAUACCAAUCGUUCACUGAGAAACGACUCGCCGUGUUCAUCGAACGAAAAGUCACCUCCGUCCUCGAAUAAUCCCUCGCCGAUCUCCACGUAUCCCUUACCGGAGAUCUUACCGAAUCCGUCGACUUACGAGUCGCGCGUCGGGAGCGGUCUGAUAAGUCGUCAUUCAACUUCGAGGCCUUACUGGGUCGCAGAGAGACCGGAUCUCGAGAGAAUGGAUCCCGCGGACGUCGAGAGAAUCGCCAGCGAUAUGGGCAAGUGUGGCAUGGGUUACAAGUGCAUCUUCUGCGGGAAGAUCUACUCGAGAAAGUACGGCCUGCGAAUUCACAUAAGGACGCACAACGGAUACAAGCCGCUACAGUGCAGAAUUUGCGCGCGUAGAUUUGGUGAUCCCAGUAAUCUCAACAAACAUGUGAGACUGCACGCGACGGACGAUAGUCCUUACAAGUGCGGGGUCUGCGGUAAGGUGUUGGUCAGGAGACGGGAUCUCGAGAGGCACAUAAAUUCUAGGCAUAAUCUGGAUAAGAGCGAACUUUCCGUUUCUUCAAGCAGCGAAAUCGACGGAGAUUGA